AUGGCUGCAUUUUUCGGUGAUGAACAGGAACCUGAUGCCAUGUGGGUGAGGGUUUUGUUGUUCCCAAGGCGCGCAAACAAAGGCGAGCAACGACUGAUUCUGAUGGCGAACGUGAUGGCGUCGAUCAUUUCUUGGGCGGGUAGUUCGAGGGCUGCAGAGGGCCCCCGAUUGGCCGUGGCUAUAGCGGUGCUGAAAGUAUUACCGGAGAAGUCGUCUCCGAUCAGACGAUUGCCAAAAGAAAGCGCACCAAGCGGCCGAGGCCCUCGUCGUCAUCGUCCCCUUCGUCAAGCGGUGAUAACCGGAACUAUUCAUCUCCGGCGUCCUCCACGACAAGCGCCGAGGACGAGGACAUGGCCAAUUGUCUCAUCCUUCUGGCGCGAGGCGGUGAAAAUUCACGAGUGCUCCAUCUGCGGAUCUGAGUUCGGGUCGGGGCAGGCGCUGGGCGGCCACAUGAGGAAGCACAGGGCCGCGAGCAACAACGGCAACGCUAACAAAAGCGUCGGUGACUGCGAGUCAUCUGUCGAUGAAGUUGGCGGGAGAGCAGGGAACGUGGCGGCUGUGGAUUUCGAUCUCAAUCUGCCGGCGCCGGAGGAGGAGGAGGACCACGGUGGGGCGGAUUUCGACGGCCGAUUUCAGCGUCCCCGUCUCGUGUUUUCUGCGGCGGCGCUGGUGGGGUGCCAUUACUGA